CAUGUUGGCAGCAGUGUCAGUUACUUCCCUUGCAUUAGUUUCUCGGUGUCUUCAACAAAAUGGCGACAUUCAUUUUUCUGACCGCAAUUGCUCAGAAGGAAAGCUUGAAUUAAAUGACAUUAGCUAUUAAAAUUGCACACAUAGGUUCACCAUGACUACUUAAAGUUAGUGUUUUUAUUUCAUCCAAUUGAAAUCAUGUCUGCAGUGAGUAACUCUGGAUUUCUAAGCAGUGGACUUAACAGUCAACAGUUAAUGCCAGCUUCUAACGGAGAUGCUCUUUGUUUGGAGCAAAACAGCAAUAUAGAAAACCCGUCCAAACUUGUUCAUGGCAACUUUCAUUGCCCUGCCAAUAAUGGUGAUUCCCUACAGUAUGAUGAACAUGGUUAUCCUGUGGACAAUGUGGAAGAAGAGUCCCCUGUCAUUGAUAUUAUCAUAAACAAUGUUGUGUGCACAUUCAGUACACGGUGCUACCUCAAUCUAAAGAAAAUAGCCAUGGAAGGUGCCCAUGUUGAAUACAAACGAGAAAAUGGGAUGUUGAACAUGAAAUUAAGAAGACCCAAUACAACAGCAACCAUUUGGUCAUCUGGAAAAGUGACAUGCACUGGAGCAACAAGUGAAGAUCAGGCAAAAUUAGCUGCUAGAAGAAUUGCUCGCCGACUUCAAAAGCUUGGUUUCAAUAUAAGAUUCUCAUCCUUCAAAAUAGUCAAUGUGCUGGGUACAUGUAGUAUGCCUUUUGGCAUCAAACUGAAUCAAUUUUCAGAGGCUAAUAGGACCCAUGCCAGUUAUGAGCCUGAACUUCAUCCUGGUGUUACAUAUCAAAUCAAAGAUCCCAAAGCUACUUUAAAAAUAUUUUCAACCGGCAGUAUUACAGUAACAGCACCAAGUGUUGUGAAUGUUCAGUUGGCCAUCGAACACAUCUACCCAUUAGUCAGUCAGUUCAAAAUGGAACCUAAAAAAGUGGAUGAAAAGAUAAAAAUGGCAGAAAAUAAAUUCUUGAGGAAGAAUGUUUAUUUAAACAUAGACACUGAUGAGGAAGAAAUGAGUGAUGAGCUGGAUGAUGAUGAUGAGGAGGAGGAUGAUGAUUACUAUGACUAAACACAAAAGUAAUGGUUCAUGUACUUGUGCUGGACUCUGAAAGAAAGAAAAGUAUUUGUGGCUUGUCACCAGUUUCUCCACUUCUCACAUGUAACCAAUCCACAGUGUGCGUUAUGUUUUUGUUUCUAAUUUGUUGACACUGUUCUAAAAUUGAGCAUUGUUUCUCUCACAAACUACUUGUGCAUUUUUCUACAUUUUCCAUAUGAAACAACAGAACAUGAAGUGUGAUUUGUAUUAUUUGUAUGUGUCACUGUAGCACAAAUGAUGUUUUAUUUUUGGCUAUUCUAUGGUAGUUAGAUAUGUAUUACAAGUAAAUACUGUGUUUUUUUACUUAUUUGUUUAUAUUGGCUUGCUUUAACACAUCUUAAUUUCUUGAUGUAUUUAUAAAACAAUGCUGGAGAAACAUUGUACGUGUGAGAAUUGUGUGGCACUUCUUGAUAAUUACAAUACAAACUAAGAAUCUCAAUGUAUUUAUCGGUUGGCAUUUCUGGCGUCGUAUCUCAUUAAGUAACGAGAGCUAGAAUGUCCACCUGGUUCAUUGAGUAUAAUAGGAAUUUUACCUAAGAUAAUUGUUUAAAAUCAUAUUACUCCUUUAUCUAUCCAAGUAUAACAACAUUCUACAUGCACUUGAAAAGACGUUAAGAUUUUUAUUCGAUAUAUCUAUACAAUGUACAAUUUAUAAAAUCUUUGACACACUUACUUGUACAAAUUGGCUGAAUGCUUUGUAGUUUUCUUACAUUAGAAAUAGUUGGUAUACUAUCGUGAGACUGUAUUCAGGCAUUGUACUGGGCAUUUUAUUUUUGUUUGCUGUACAUAGACAUUUUGUUGACUGAUGAGCUCUUCCAAUUCUAUUUUUACCAUUUGAACUUAAUUCCUAACCCACCAUAGAGCCACAAAAGGUAUUCCGAGUCAUAUCGUUUGUUUGGUUUUCUAGGAAGCUUUAGAGUUAUGUAAUUAAUGGACCCGUUGUUAACAAUGAGUUAUUCUUAUCAAACCUGUUAUUUGGUUGGUGCUGCUGUCCUCAAAGAGUAACUGUUGUGAUUUUAUUUGCUUUUCAAACUCACUUUGCUAUUGUUAAAUGGUUAAAACCAUUUUUUUUUCCUCGUUAACUUUAGUAACAUGUAUGCAUUAGUUGUAAGUAUUUUUAUGGUGAUAUAUGUGGUGGAUCUUGGUUGAAAAUGUGAGCGAGAAUGGAUUUUUGUGUACAUUAAAAGGAAUGUCAGUUUUAUUGAUACUGUCGUCAUCAUCAUUUUUUUUUAUUAUGUCAUUGUAUUUGGUGUUCAUAAUUAAUAAAGAUGUUUUUAUACUAUUUAUAAAA